AUGGAUUUGAGUUCUCCUCAUGCAUCCUUCUAGGCUAGAGAUUUAAAAAUACUUCACACUCAGCACUAUAUUACAAAACCUCCUUGUGAUCCAAAGAUUAUGACCUUUGGUGCCUUCCACACCGAUCAUCUAUUAGAAAUUGAUUGGUCUGAUAAAAUGGGUUGGUCGAGGCCUAUGAUAGUUCCAUUCAAAAACCUAGAACUUCAUCCAUUUUCAUCUUGUUUGCAUUAUGCAAUCGAAUGUUUUGAAGGCUCUAAAGCUUACAAGGGCCCAGACAAUACCAUAAGAGUGUUUCGAUUAGAUUGCAAUAUGUUAAGAAUGAAGCAUUCAGCAAAGAGAUUAUCUCUACCAGAUUUUGAUGGACAUGAAUUAUAAAAAUGCAUAGAAGCAUUGAUUAAAGUAGACUAAGAUUGGAUUCCAGAUCAUCCUGGGUUUAGCUGUUAUAUUCGACCCACUCUGAUAGCUACAGAAGAGGCUUUGGGAGUGAGAGCUUCGAGUAAAGCUAAAUUAUUUGUUGUGCUUUGCCCAGUUGGACCCUAUUUCCCAUCAGGAUUAAAGCCUGUUCGUGUCUUCUGUAAUACAAUUACUAUACGAUCUUACCCGGGAGGAGUUGGAGAAUAUAAAGUUGCUGGGAAUUAUGCUCCAACUGUGUUACCAUUAAAAGAGGUCUAAAAGAUUGGAUUCCAUUAAAAUUUGUGGCUACUUCCAGAUGGUUUGGUUUAGGAGAUGGGUGUGUGUAAUUUGUUUUUCUAUUGGAAAAAUAAAUAAGGCGAAAAUGAAUUGAUCACACCCAUGUUAGAUGGGACCAUACUUCCAGGAGUUGUUAGAGACUCAAUCCUCAAUUUGGCAAAAUAAUUGAAUAAGUUUAAAGUUACAGAGAGAAAAGUCUACAUUUAAGAAGUUGUGGAAGCUAUAGCAGAAGGCAGAAUGAUUGAGAUGUUUGGAUGUGGAACAGGAGUUAUGGUAUAACCAAUCGAGGCUAUCGGUCUCAAUGAUAAAAUCUAUGAAAUUAAGUAUAAUCCGAAUCUGAAUUCUGGGGAACUAACUCAUCAAUUAUAUUAACAAUUAAAUGAAAUAUAAACUGGUGGAAAACCCCACGAAUGGAUUAGCAUAAUUUGA